CUCGCCCCCCGAAAACGUCCGCCGCUCCAUCUGAGACCUCCAUCCCUUUGUCGCCGCGAAGAUCUACCAUGCCUCCAAUCAAUCGCUCAGUAGGGCGGAAUGUCCAUAUAUACGGCUCAAAUGACCCUAAUACCGUGCUUGGCGGUCUAAUUCUCACACACGGUGUUACAAAUGCCAACUUCUACUUAAUGGUGGAGAUUCUUUUCUUAUUUACAAGCACCUUCUUUCUGCGAGAUGAGGAUGAAACAAAGAUUGGGAAGGAUGACCAUCAGCUUCAACCUGGAAAGUAUUACAUUGUUACUGCCGGUUCUUUCCAGGUCAAUAAUGAGCCAUGGCUCGUCCGAACAAUUAGUCGUGCUACCGGAACCCGUGUCGCCGCCUUCCGCGAGGCUGUUCGUUUGCGAGAUCGUCGAUGCGUCAUAUCUGGGGAUAUUGUACCUACACUUGCUGGAGUUGACUACUGGGAUGGUUUCGAAGCCGUGCAUAUUUUCCCACUUGCCUACGAAGGUCACUGGGUUGAUCAGGGCUACGGCCGAUGGAUUACAGUUCAACCGGCUGAAGGGGGAUCUAUCAACUCAGUACAGAAUGGAUUGUUGCUUGACUCCGCUAUACAUCAACUAUUCGAUGCUUAUGCCAUCUCGAUUAAUCCGGAUGACAACUACAAGGUUAUGGCCUUUAGGCCUACGUCGAAAAACAUUGCUGGCAAGCAUCUCGAUCUGGAGUAUUUUACUCGCCCUGAUGCGCCUAUUGAUUCGCUUCUACGAUGGCACUUUAGACAGGCUGUCUUGGCUAAUAUGAGGGGUGCUGGAGAGCCGGUCUUCGAACAUGACUUCCCGCCUGGUUCUGAUAUAGUUGAUGAUAUACUUCAGGGUCCGAAGGCAGUUGAAAGGAUGGAGUUUGAGUUAUUCAGCCGCCUCGGUGCUCAAAUGCAGUUGUUCCCGUUGGCAGGUGAACAUUAGAGUUUGUAUUGAGAUGAAAAGAGUAUAAUUUAUUGAGCAGGAGGGCAGAUCACCAAUGCAUAACGUUUACCUUCCUACGCUAUACCAUCCCUAUAAGUAACGCUGGCAGUAGCGAAAUUCAUGCAGUUUCAAAAACAAGGGUGGUUAGUCGUAUUAGGACGAAGAACAGGCAAGGUCUGACAUACUAAGUGCGCAGAAUCAAACACCUCACAAAACUGAGGUCCCAACCUCAAGUUUCUGCGGUGUUUGAUUCGGGAUCGAUCAGGAUAAGUGCAAAUGGCGUCGACCCAGUACGGGGUAUCCGUGUCAAGCGUGCGAAGGCUUUGAAGAGCCUUUUUUAGAUUGCGAGUAAUAUCAAAGCGCUGGUCGUUGAGCGUGAUGGGUACUGUGUCGUUGGGGUUCCCCCAUGUAUAAGAGAGAGCUUUGUAUUUUGGGUUCUCAUCGAGAGAG